AUGGCGGCGGGGGGCGGCGGCGGCUGGGCCGCGGUGGUGCUGACCUGCCGGCGCGGCGGCUCCGUGCCGGCCCUGCGGCGAGAGCUGGAGCUGAGGCGGCGCCGGGGGGCGCUGGGCCCGGAGCCCCCCCUCGUGGCGGUGCUGGAGGACCCCUGGGCCCGCCUGGGCAGCGGCGGAGCCACCCUCAACGUGCUGGCGGCCGCCGAGAGGCUGAGUGCCAGGGCGGGGGGCACGGUGGUGACCUCCGACGUCCUGAGGGGUCGGAUCCUCGUGCUGCACAUGGGCCGUGAAUUCUCCUUCGAUGACUGCGGCCGGGCCUUCACUGCCUGCCCGCGGAGGACCCCGACGCCUGGCUGAGGCCCGGUGUGCAACCUGGACAGCCUGCUGCACACCCUGACGCACCGGCUCUGCGUGGUCCCGCCCGGCGUGUGGGUGUGCAGCACCGACAUGCUCCUCACCGUGCCCUCAGCACCAGGCAUCGACUGGGACGGCUUCCGGGGCGUCCGAGUGAUCGCCGUGCCCGGCAGCCGCUACGCCAGGAACCACGGGGUGUACCUUGCUGACGAGCAGGGGCUGGUGCACGACAUCAUCUACAGAGGCACGGAGGCCCAGAUCCAGCAGUGUGCAGGGCCGAUGGCGCCGUCCCGCUGGUACGUCCCUCGUGUCUGCGGCGUGGUUUUCUUCUCCUCGGACGCCGCCGAGCAGCUCCGCACCCACGUCAUCCCGCCCCUGGACGCCUGCACCUACAUGGGGCUGGACUCGGGGGCACCGCCCAUCCAGCUCCCUUUCUUCGACAUCGUGCUGAGCAUGGCGGGGGGGUGGGAGGAGGAGGACUUUGUGAAGGGCGGCAGCGACGCCAGCGCGAGGAGCCGCUCCGUGCUGUGGGCGUCCCUCCGCGCCUUCCCUCUCAGUAUGGCCCCUGGCUCCCCGCAGCCUGCACCCGACGCGUCCUACGACUACACCGCGUCCGCGAGCGACCACAUCCGCAGCCUGACGCUCCUGCCCGGCUCCGCCAGCCACCUCCGCUUCUGCAAGACAGCCCACUCCCAGGCCGACCAGCCCUGGCUCCUGGAGGACGGCUCCUCGGUCACCAACAGCCUGCUGGAGGGAGCCGUGCGGCUGGCGGCCGGCAGCGCCAUCCAGCACUGUCACCUCCAGGGCCCCCUGGAGAGGCCCGGCUGCCUCCUCUCGGGCCUCACGGCGGGCUCCUCGCCGGCCCUGCAGGGCUGCCCCCUGCGCGAUGUCGUCCUCCAGGGCCACCACGUGCGGCUGCAGGACCUGUCCUGCCGCGUGUUCACGCUCAGCGGCCGCCUCGACGACUGGCAGAGACCCGCUGAAGGUUCCACCUACCUCAACGUGCCCUGGGCCGAGUUUUUCCAUUGGACGGGCGUACGGGAAGGGGACCUUUGGGACGCCGAGACGCCGCGGAGCAGCCGCUGCCUGCUCAGCGCCCGGCUCUUCCCGGUGCUGCACGCCUCCGAGGCGCUGGGGCUGGAGGACGUGCUGUGGCUGCUGGCCCCGGCGGCGGGGCCCGGCGGGCGGCUGGCGCGCUGUCGGGCGGCCUGGCGCAUGUCCUGGCAGGAGCUGCUGCCCUGCCUGGACAAGGAGGCCGAGCUGGGCGCCCGCCGGGCCCUCUUCCUGCAGGGCCAGCGCAAGGUGCGGCGGGUGCUGCUGGGGCGCCAGGACGGCAGCCUCCUGCCGCUCAUGCGCAGCGCCGUCCACGAGGGCUACCACGAGGCCGUGCUGGGCACGCUGGAUGAGGUUGCCUCCACGGCCGACAAACGCGGGUGUCGCAGCCCGGGCCUCGCCUGCAUUGCCGACGUGCUGGGCUGCCUGGCACACGGGGAGGGGGGCUUGCGCAGCGGCCCCGCGGCCAACAGCCAGUGGGCUUCGGCGUUCAGGCGCCUGGAGAGCGGGGACAUCGCCGGCGGCGUGCGGGAGCUGGCAGCCGAGCGGCAGAAGUGGAUGCAGGACCGGACCUGCUGUGUGAGAGCGGCCCGGCACUACGAGGGGGCCGAGCAGAUCCUCGUCCGGCAGGCGGUGAUGUCCUCCUGCCAGUUCGUCACCGUGCGGCCGGCGGAGCUGCCGCCCGUGGGGUGCUGGGUGCAGGCGGUGUGUCCGGCCCGCCUCGACCUCUCCGGGGGCUGGAGCGACACCCCCCCGGUCACCUACGAGCACGGGGGGGCCGUGGUGGACGUGGCGGUGCUGGUGGAUGGGUGCCGGCCCAUCGGCGCCCGCGUGCGGCGCACCAAGCCGGAGCUGCGCCUCGUCAGCCUCGGCGGCACGCCGCGGGGCGAGGCGGUGGCCGAGCUGGUGUGCCGGGAGCUGGAGGACUUGAGGGAUUACUGCCAGCCGCACGCCCCAGGGGCCUUGCUCAAAGCUGCCUUCAUCUGCACCCAGAUCGUGCAGUUCCCCUCGCAGGAACCCCUGCGGGCCCAGCUGAUGCGGAACUUCGGGGGCGGCUUUGAGGUGCACACCUGGCCAAGCUGCCCCCACGGCUCCGCCUCGGUACUGGUCCGCGAGGAGGGGGCUGGCGUCUGUCAGCAUCCUGGCGGAGCGGCGAUGGCCUCGCUGUACCGGGCGGCCGGGAAGGCUGCGAGCACCGAGUCCCUGUUCCACGCCGUGCUGCACCUGGAGCAGAGGCUGACCACAGGUAGGGGUUGGCAGGACCAGGUGGGCGGCUGGUGCCCGGCAUCAAGAUCGGGGCGGUCGAAGGCGCAGCUGCCGCUCCGGGUGGAGGUGGAGGAGAUCCGGUGCCCGAGGGCUUCGCCGCACCUCGGCGAUCACUUGCUGCUGGUGUACACGGGGAAGACUCGCCUGGCUCGCAACCCUGCUCCAGCCUGGCCUCCGCAGGACGUGGUGAGGAACUGGUACGCCCGGCUGCCCUCCGUCGUGCAGAACGCCCACGCGCUGGUGAGCAACGCCGAGGAGUGUGCCCGGGCCUUGAGGCAAGGUGACCUGCCGCUCGUCGGCCGGUGUCUGGACCGCUACUGGCAGCACAGAAGAAGCGCAUGGCCCCCGGCUGCGAGCCCGCUGGCUGUCGGGCGCAUGAUGGGCGCCCUCCGGCCCUACGUCCACGGGCAGUGCUUGGCCGGGGCUGGCGGCGGCGGCUUCCUCUACGUCCUCACCAAAGCCCCGCGGCGAAGAGCUUUGCACCAAAUUCUGGCCAAAACCGAGGGGCUGGGUAACUUCAGCAUCCACAGCAUCGAAGGGGACACGGGGGGUGUCUCGGUGGAGGUUGUGGGAUGUGAGCUGGAUGGCAGCGCUCCUCUGGGAGAGGACGUGGCUGUGUGAGGGCCUCAGCUCUGCCCUGCUCAUCACGGACACGCGGGGCUGAGGAGCCGGCGGCCAUACACAGCAGGAACGUUCCCCUCAGGGCUGCCCUCGCUCCCUGAUGGGGCUGACGGAGUCCAAAGAGCCCCGGGGCACCCCGGUGUGGGAGCAGCGCUGACCCCAGGCUCAUCAGCGGGACCCCCCCAGGGGCUGCUCAGGGUUUGAUGCAGCCUUGUUGUGCUGCUGCUGGGCCUGAAAACCCCCCAGGCUCAAGGAGCUGCGCUGAGCUGGGCAGGCAGAAGGCCCUGCUGGAAGGACAGGCUGCUGGGGGGCACAGCUGGCAUCCGGCCCGAGUUGUAGGUUUGCGUUUUAGCAGUCCCUGAAGGACCCUGAGUGGUGGUGAUGCUGCCUCCAGCAGGAGGAAGGUGAGCGUUCCUGCCAGGCCCUCCUGCUCUGCUCCCCCAGCAGCAGUGCCCCCCCCCAGCCCUGGGUGUGGAAUCACAUCCCCCUCCCCAGCCGAGGUUAUUUCUGCAGUUACUGAUCCAUGCGGUCUCUUUGAAUAAAAAAAGAAAAAAACAAACCAACUUGUUCCUAGCAUGUGCUCAUUCGCCUCUGUCCCUCCCCAGCCUCCCUGAGCUAGCAAAGACGCAGGGCAGGGGAGCUGGAACGGCGACCGGCUCAGCCCAGGCCUCCAGCCCCCUCCAGGCACGCGCACACACACAGCCCAAGGUCGCUGCUCAGCCAGGCGCGGUUUAUUUACACAGCCCUGCUGCCUACAGCGCCUUGCUCGGGGUUUUCCAAGCGCCCUCCCCGCAGGAACGCGUCCUUUCCCCCAGCAGGCUGCCUCCGCCCCGGGGAGAGCGGACCCACAACCCAAGGAACGCGCUGCAGGGAGCAGGACAACACGAGCGGCAGGGGCACAGCUCAACGGUGCUCUGACAGCCCCCAGGUUUCUUGAGCCUUCUGCGGCCUCCCCCCGGGAACGAAGAGCCGUGUGCUAGCAUCAGCCUGUCCCUUAGAACUUGCGCAUUUAGUGUUACGUGCUCUCAACAUGAGAGAUUCCUCUGCUGCCCUAUUUCUGGCCCUGCAGAAGGACGGGGGCUCUUCGUCCCAUGCCCUGAAGAGCCUCCUGCUCUGAGGAAGGUGAGCAGAAGAGCAGCCAUCACCCCAAAACCACACAACGGGGGAGGACGCGGGCUGGCUCCUCGGCUGUGGUGCUGAGGCCACGCGGAGCUACAGGCGCAGGCGCUUGAUGUCCUCGUCGCGGAAGUCCUUCCGGAGCCCCAGCACCCGCCGCACCUCCGCAGGGGUCAGGCGCCAGGUGAGCGGGCCCGAGUUGGGGCCCCAGUAAUCCAGGAUCUCCCUCACCCGUUCCAGGUUGAGGAUGGUGGCUAUCUGGGAGAGCCGGGCGAACUUGUCGCGGAUGGUCCAGGUGGUGACGGUGGUGAGAUAGGCUAUGAGAGACCGCAGCUCCUUGUCGAACUGCAGGCCG